GAAAUCAAAAAUUUCUUCUUAAUCAUGCGUUGAUUAUUGUCCAAAUUAGGGUUCUUAAAAAUCAUUUUCAUCUAUCGAUCAAUCGCCGGAAAUUGUCGCUAAUCCAUUUCCAGCGUGAAUGGGGCGGCGCUCCCGUGGAAAUUUUCAUGCGAAACAUGAUCCUAAGCAGAGAUCAAGGAGAAAAAAGAGAGGAUCGGAUGGAGAACAUGUCGAACCUAUUCUUGGAGUUCUCGGGGAUAGUGAUGAACAAAGGGUGUUGCACCAUUGUAACUAUUGCAACAAAGAUCUUACUGGGAUAAUUCAUAUCAAAUGUGCUUUGUGCUUCGAUUUUGACUUAUGCGUAGAGUGCUUCUCUGUUGGGGCCGAGAUUCACCCUCACAAAAGUGGGCAUCCAUAUCGGGUUAUGGAUGUCCCAUCAUUUCCACUUACCUGUCCCGAAUGGAGUGCUUAUGAAGAAAAAUUAAUGCUGGAGGGACUGGAUAUGUAUGGCGCAGGGGACUGGGCUAAAAUUGCUGACCACGUUGGCACAAAGACAAAAGAAGUGUGCAUUGAGCAUUAUAGAAAUGCAUAUCUUAACUCUCCAUACUUCCCUUUACCGGAUAUGACUAACUUUGCUGGCAAGAGUAGAGAAGAACUUCUUGCAAUGGCUAAAGAACAUUGUGACAACAAGAAAGGGGAACAUCAGCUGCAGGAAGAGUCUCCGUGUCCUCCCUCAAGAAUUAAGGUUGAAGAUUCAUACAGAGAUGGUGCACCGGGCCGUUCACCUUCCAACCCUGUUGUAGGUUCCAAAGUCAAUAAAAAGGUGUCCAACAAUACAGUCACAGACCAUGGAGAUGUUCAAAAUAUGGAUGCAGAACAUAUUUCAGGGCGAAGUUUUGGUGGGAAUAAACAUGAAUCGGCAGACGCUGAAGCUCCAUCUUUGAUGGAUGCUGUUGGUUAUAACCCCAAAAGACACCAGUUUGUGGUAGAAUAUGACAAUGAUGCCGAGCAGUUGCUGUAUGACUUGGAAUUUAAGGAUGCUGAUACGGAAGACGAGCAUGCAUUGAAGUUGAAAGUAGUUUGUAUAUAUACAAAGAGAUGUUCUGAAAGAGAACGAAGGAAAGAUUUUAUUCGAGAAAGAAAUUUACUUCAUCCAAGCCCAUUCGAAAAGAGCUUAAGCCAAGAAGAGAAGAAUAUAUGCCGUCAAUAUGACAGAUUCAUGCGUUUUAAUUCGAAGGAGGAGCAUGAAAAACUAUUAGAAUCUGUUAUAUCUGAGCAUAGGCUACUUAAACGAAUUCAUGGACUUAAGGAAGCAAAAGCGGCUGGCUGCCGUACAUCUUCUGAAGCAGAUAGAUAUCUUGAACUGAAGAGACAGGAAGCUGAAGAUGCCACUGGUCGGAAGGAAAGUUCUCAGGCAGGUCCAAGCAGCCAAGAAAGUAUACCAAUUUCUUCAGACUCUUUCGGCACAAAUUCAACCACAACAUCUACAGGCCAAGCCCACUCAUCAACCGAUUUGGAUUUUGCAUCAAUUUUGGGAGCUAGUUUACUGUCUGAAGAUGAGAGACAACUUUGUCGUGAAAUUGGGUUAGCCCCACAAAGGUUUCUGAAAAUACAGGGGGACAUGACUAUGCAUGUCCUGUCUGGCAGUAUCAGUAAGAAGACCGAUGCCCAUUCCUUCUUUCAAAUCGAGCCAGAAAUAGUCGACAAAGUUUAUGAUGUUCUUUUGAAGAAAGGACUUGUUCAGUCCUAAUACAAUGGAAGAAACGAUUGUUGAUUCAAGUCUGGUUCUCCUGCGACGAAAUCCAGCAAUGCUUUUCCCUCUCCGUCGUCGCCAAAUAAUUCCAUAGGCAGAGGCGACAACUGCCCGAAAACGGCAAUUGCCAUCAAAACUAAACCUGUGGACACGAUAAGGGGCCAGAAGUAAAUGAGAAUUCUAGUUAAGUUAGGCGUAAAUGGCGAAUAAACCAUCAGGCCGUACAACACGGCUG